GUAGAAUACAAUGCCGUUUAAGAAUUAUUUUUGCGCUAGUGCACGCCGCACAGUGCUGCGAAGGAAAGGCCGCGCCGACGGGCGGCCAACAGCUGCGCAUUUCAACCGAUUUGUUCGUCAACCAUUCCAUGAGCGAGCACUCGCUAAUGAGUUGGCAGGUGGAACGAGGCAUCGUGUGUACAACGUAUUUGAUUCCAAAGCGGUCCAUAACGAUCUUAGAGGCCAACACCGGAGAAAUAACGCUGCGCACUUAACUUCUCAAACCGUGUUGCGCCAGGUGAAAGCCGAGAAUCUCAGUCGCCGGAAAGUUGCAGCGCCAGGUCGCAAAUACCUCCCAAUACAAUAAAAGCGUUCAUCUCCCGAUGAUUGUAGUUCUGCUAAAAGAAAAUUGUAUAGCUGUCUGGUGCGAAAAAAAAAAGUGGUUGAACCUGUCUUUUUUGUCGCGCCUUUCAAACAGCCAUUCUGAAGGGAGAAGGGGUCGUACUUAGUUGCCUUUUGCGCAAGUCACGAAAUACGCUUUCAAACGAAGCGCAGUUGUGUAAGGCGCUCACACUUCAAAAAGGAAACACCCUUUUCCGAUCAACAUCUGCUAGACAAUUGCCUUUCCUUCUGUUUCACACAGUGCUCAACACUUGUGUUUUUCUCCUCAAUGCACAAAGCUGUAAGUCAGAGAACGCUCUUGAAGCUCUUGUUUAUAGAGGCAGUUGAGUGCAUAUUAACAAAUUCUCGAUGCCGCUACUUUUAUUCGGUAAAUUCAAUUUCCAGUAUGAUGUCUGCUGUUGUUGUUUUCCCCUAUUCCAGUACUAUCGUGUUUUGCAGCGGUGUCAGUGUCCUUAAAUGUUUUUGAUUGGCUGCUACUUUUCUCAAACUGAAAGGUAGCAUUAUGAUUCUUCGCAGCUGAACCUAAAAUCAAAGAAAAACUUCUCACUCUCUGUUUCCUUCAUUUCUCUUCAGCGCUGUUUGAAAAUAUAAAUACAUUUAAUUGGUUGUGUCUCACGUGAGCCCGUUGCACCAUCUUUUGCCUUUUUUUUUCCAGUUCACUAAAAUAACAACUACUUGUUCUUUGGCGAAUAGUUCGUUUUUCAUGUUUGACAUGUAAAAACACCAUACACUUAUACAUAAAAGGAGCUUUUCUUUUAGCAUUCUACAUUGUUAUAGAAACCCUUUCAUAGAGUUUGCAAACGGGAUAGAAAACGAACGCAAAAAUGUCUGUUGAAGCAGUCAAGCGACAAAUUCUUAUCGCGGUCGACGCCCUGAAUGUUCCUUUAAACCGCAUCCCGAGCCAAAAGGCUGUUGUUGAGGCAUGCUCUGCCGCAAAGCUGCUUAGGAAUCGUCUACUGCGUGAACACACUCGCGUCAUUGAACGAAUCGAAGCUCUACGCGAGCGCCAGAUGUUUGACGAAGCAAGUGACGAAGAGACAGACUACGAGCGAGACGACGGCAACGCAAACGUGACGGAAACCGGUAUCAGCCGCACAGAAUUUGUUUUUCUGUGCGAAAUGAUGGUGGCUGAGAAGCUAGUCAUUCCGCUGCUAAAAGCUCAUGGAAUGAGUUUUAGUGACUCGCUGCUGCCACAGCUACUGAAGUUAUUAGCUGUUAUGCUCUUGCCAAUACCGCGGUACAGCGCAGACGAAUUGUUACAAAAAGACCUUCUGCAACGAAUUAAGACGAGGUGCGGCACAGACGAAUUUUUUGCUCUUUUGGUGCAAUGUGUCGCCCCUAUUGCUGAAAAACGCACCUCCGGCGAGUUACAACGUGAAGAUGUUGUCAUUCUGGAAAUCAUUCUCACAAUGAUUACGUACCUGCUCGAUGGCAAUCAAAAUGAUGCAGAGCGUAUCAUUGGUGCUUUCUGUCGAAACCACGGAAUUGAAUUGCUGCUUGUCGUAAUUAACCAAAACUAUUCCCGCAUACAAGAAACUUCGUCUGUAGCCACUGUACAAACCGAGAAUAAAACUGCGGAAGCGAACAGAGAAGCAGAUUCUGAAGGGAUUCGUGAACCCGAUACUGCUCCAGCACCGGGCGAAACAGCCUCCCCUGCAAUUGACGAAGUUAAAUUAGUGAGUGAGGAGGACGAGGUCGAUUUGGAAGACGACGAUUCUACAUCUGAGUCGCAACUACCUGACACUCUCAACCUAGCUCUUGAGCAAGAAUUUCAGCAGCGAGUUCACAAUUUGCUGGAAAGUGAGGAGCAACUGUGGAAAUGGAAUUGUCUUGCAUUGGCAUCUAUCGCAAGCGUAAUAAAAUCCAUCCCCUCGGAGGAGCUCGCGCAACUUACAUUGCUAGAGCUCUCGAAGGCUUCCACACCAGAUCAACUGCUGAAUACGCUGCGCAAUGGGCACCAGCUUCGCGACUGUAAGAGAAACAGCGAGAAGUGGCGUUUUGUUGCCAGAAGCCGCAACGGCUCCGUUACCUCGAACGGCAUCUUGGUGCGCGCGAGCGCCGGAAGUUCAAAUGGCGGUCGAGCUAUUGGAAGCGUUUCCGCGUUGCUAGGCUCGCGCAGAAAGGAUCCGCUCGAGGUGAUGAAGGAUAUGGAUCUGCGCAAGCGCGGUCGCUUUAUCAAAGGCAUGUUCCAAGGCGCAACCCUUCAGUGCAACCUGCCUCUUCCAACCAAAAUACAGCUUUCACAGCAGAACAACUCCUUUCUGAGUUUUGGGUUUGAACCGCUGAGUGCCAUGACGUUCAGCAAGCUCCAGGAAAUAGCCAUUAAUGUCGAGCGAGCUACAAAAGAACACAGAGAGGUGGUCGCUGGCUACAAGGGCUCUGGCGAAACGCUCGAGGUGAGCUCGCCCAUCGACACUGUUCUGUACCAAAAAUUGAGGCACGUGCUUAAUUACAUGAGCAUCUGCCGGUGUACGCUUCGCUACGUACGAAUUAUUAUCGAGCAACUAAAGAGCGAACAAAUAUCGUUUCUCUCCGUUUUUCCGCUGCAGUGGCAGAGCAUCUCGUCGGUCAUUUCUCUCACCGACCUCGAGCUUGGAUUCUCGGUACUGCGAUCGUUCCUCGACUGCAAGGAUCUCCGCCGCCGUGAAGAUGUGACGAAUGUUGUGGGGUACUUAUCCGAAAUUCUGCUAGUCCUGAACCUUUUGCUGCAAGGCGACAUUGCGGCUGAUCCGACGGUGGAAGUUGCCGCGCACGCCCUCGCCUCCUCUGUGCUGUACAAGGAGGAGAACAUCAAAGUCGUCUUUGGUCUACUCACCGAAUAUUCGAACAGAGUAAUUGCCGUCCGAAAAGCGCAACAGUUUACCUUGUUUACUUUCUCUGUUUUUCAAUUAAUGGAGAAGUGCAGUUACAAAGGUAAUCUACUUCUGCCCAAACGUCCCAAAAAAACAAAGGAUGAGGGCAGCGUCCCUGUCGGCGAGGCAACAGAGAUGGACGGCGUAGAACACCAAGACGACAACGAAAGCGUUGACUCCGCCACAUUGGAGGAGAUGCAAGAGGAAAUGCUACAAGACAUGGCCGAUAUGAUUAACGACGACGACGUCGACGAUUACCGGAAACAGCGACCUGUUAAAAAAGAAGAGGGUGAGGAAGAGAACAAACGCACCGAUGUGGCAUCUUCAGCGGCUCCCGAUAUUGUCUGUGAAGAAAGUGGAAAUGAACUUCCAGAGCCUGUUUUUGAGCCCGUGGAGGACGCAGCUGCUGCGGAGGAAUAUGAGGUUGGUGGGUCGGAAAGAGCGCUCUCAGAAGGGCGCCCUCCGUCAAUUGCAUCAAGCAGUCGCACAGCUUUGUCGACGAUCAGCUCCGAGCGAGAGGUUUCCGUGAGUGGGUAUUUCCACCGCCUUGCGACACCAAAAAAUAUCAGUCUUAUCUAUUCAGCCCUGCGGCACUGGCGCGUAAAUGACGCGGACGUCAACCUUGCGCUCACCUUCCUCAUGGACGGUCUUGUGCACAACAGCUGCGAAACGGUCUUCUUCAACGUUGCUUUUCUCCUGCUCAUGCGUGAAGUGCUUGUUCACGGAGAAAAAACACACGGCCCUCUUUACGUCAUUUGCGACAAGAUCGUAUACGACUUUUUCAAUCCUUCGUAUGCGAAGAUGCAAGACGCUCGCGCUGGGGCAACCCUUCCCGAUGAGGUGGCAAAUGGAAUGCUGAGCGGCGCGCAAUCCUACCUGGGAUUCGAGGUAUCUCUCCGGUGCUCACGAGCUCUUUUCAACUUCGCCGCCACAGACUACGCGUAUAUGGAAGAGAAAGGCAUGCAGCACCUGAUGGACCACACUGUUAUUCCCCUUCCUGGUGAGACAAGCGAUAGUGGCGCCCUUCGUGGCACAAUGGAGACGAACGCGGCUCUUUUUGCAGCAGUGCCGAGCGCAGCAGACUCUACUUUCAAGCCCUCCUCCCGCCGCAAGCCCCGGAAGACCACGCGGGCUGAGGUUGACAGCGAGGAGGAAGCGGUGAACAGUGCGCCAGAUUCAGAGGAAGUGGCGGAAGUGGAGAACACCGCCACGGAUACUUCACCAGCCGGUGACGACGCUAACAGGCGCAAAAAGAGAAAAGACAAGGCACGAAAGAGUCAUCGGCACCACCAUCGUGAGAAAAAGAAGAGGCGACAUGGGAGCAACGAGGCUGCUGUUGCAGAAAGCACCAGCGACGCAAUGAACUGUCUCGGCGCUUCAUUGAGAUCUGCUGAAGAAAACGAAGACGAGACGGCGGCCGCGGUGUCGCUUCAUGGGUCCAUGGAGGAAACACUUGUCAUCGGGGAGACUCAGUAA